GUGACUAAUCCUCGCAGGUGGCUGACAGUUGCUACAGACCUUGACUUCGUGAGACAAUUUCUCUUGCUGUCUUGAAUUGUGUUCGCGGGUGAUACCGCCCGUUUUCGUGUAAGUCCCCUGCAGUGCCGUUCGCGGACGCGGACGUAAAGCUGGAUAAUAAUACGUUACCGUAGGUGCUAUAUGCUGUGCGCGAAUGACUCUGUGGCAAGAGAUGGAAGAUCUAACUAUUCUAUUAGAAAAUACAAGUGGCGCAUGCUGCGCUGAGAGGCACUGGAUGUCCGAGUUCAUCGAUGCAUCGCCGGCUGGUCGCUAUAAGUAUAUCUGUUCUGCUAGGAUGGAAUAAAUUCACGAUCCCCUUACUCCUGCAACACAUUUGAUAGGGAGUGAAAAUGUCUAGGACCAUGAAUGAUCACAAACCUUCCGUGACGUUUUCUACUGGUCUUCGCAGGGCUCCGUAUGGCAGCGCGAGCGACAGGACUAUGCCUCCUUCCGUUCCUACACCUAUCUACCGUCAUGCAGCACCAUCGGGCCCUUGGCCAUGGAUGGACUUUGACACUGAUUCAGACAUUACCCUCAACCGUGACAACCCACCAGCCUCAUCUGGCGCAACGGGCCAGUCAUGGCAUGGAUACCCUCAGACUCUCUUUGGAAAUUGGAAGCCGGAUCAAGUAAAACGGAGCAAGAUGCUCAGCAACUGUUCUGAGCUCGACACGUGUUCGGUUCAUUGGCUGGAUGUUCUAACAGACGGAAAUUUUACGGUGUUGGAUCAGGAGGGCCAAGAUCAAACAACUAAAAUAACACCCGAAAGUAUAAAUGAGUUUUGGGAGCUGUUGCAGACGCCGCGACCUGCAAACAUCCGUGUUCGUGCAUUGUUCGUGGAUAAUCUUUCCAUGUCUGUGCUGCAGAUGCUUGGAACGAAGUAUAAUAUUGAACCUUUUUUCUUUUCUUCAUCUCUGAAUUGGAUACCCUCGCAUUACCAAGAGGAGGUUCGGCGGGGCAAGGGUGAUCAUAUUACGAUUACACUCCCAUUCAUGCGGGCGAUGCAAAAUCCAGUCACUCAACCGCCAACACCAACAGAGGAAACACCAGGUUCAGUAAGAUCUGUGCUCUCACAGCACGUAUUCACUGACGAAAAUGAAAUCAUUGAUACCCAAGCACCACUCGCUCUCAGCUCUGGUAACAUCCUUCUCCUCGAUCUCCUCGCGAUACAUAUGGUACGCUCAGAGGAUUCGAGCACGAUCAUAUCAUACCAUCCAAGCUCUAGUUUUCGUCGUCCUUCUCCAAAAAAGCUACACUCCCUCAUCUAUCGUGCGGGACAGAGUGUAUAUUGGCAGAAAAUCUUCUCCCAAUCUAAGGACCCGACAUUUUUGUUCCUAGCCAUCUUGUGGUAUGCUCUCUAUGCAUGGGACCAGGCAUUUGAGUCGCUAUACACUCAUAUCGUUUGGCUGGAAUCCCAAGUGUUGUUAACUGAUAACAUCGAUCAGACUCGUAAACUUCACAUUAUACAAGCAUACCUCCUACACUACCACUCGCUCCUCCAAGACUUCAAGAAGUCCGUCGAGUUCCUCCACAAUACACCGAAUCCCGCUAUGGACUCCAAUAGCCUUAGUCUUGACGAACGUGAAGAGUCCAUGAAGCUCAUGGCAAAGGAGUGUGCGAAUUUACUCUCAGAAAUCGGGAGGCUGGAGAACAGGCGAUUAAUGCUGAGCAGUCGGUUGAAGAACGUGACGGAACUGGCGUUUGCAAUCGUCAACAUAAAUGACAGUAAGCGAAUGAAGGCCCUGACGGAGGCCACCGUCCGAGACUCAGGUGCGAUGAAGCAGAUCUCUUACCUCACGAUGAUAUUCCUUCCUGCUUCCUUCACUGCGGCCGUAUUUGGGAUGAAUGUCGAUGAAAUCAGUGGAACGAAAGGGCAAGAGACGCUCGCUCACUACGUUGCGGUGGCAUUGGCUCUCACAUGCGCCACUUCGUGGCUCAUGGUGGCCUUCCAUUCGCGUAGCCCCUUUGUUGCCGAGGAUAGCACUCUGGUGCAGCGCGCUGGGUGGCCAGUGUUUUAUAUCCUCAAACAAUUUAAUGGCAGAUGGAGACAGAAAUCGCUACCGAGGUUUCAGAAUAUUGUUUGAGAUCUUGACGCACGGAUGAUAUGGAGCAUAGAAUGGUUUGGAGAUGCUAUACCAUUUGCAUGCAGCAUGUAUGAUAUCUGGUUACGUACUUGAUAUCCUUUUCCUGUGACCACGGCACUUCCGUUGUGUUUCCUUCAUGCGGAUCAUGCUAAUCACAGUACAGUAUCCGGCAGGGGCUGCUUCACAUAUUAUCAUCUACUUGGCACAGGCUCAUCGCGAUGUACUCGCUGUGACUGUCAUGUAACAAACUAGUACUAGGUUAGGCUACCGAAUAAUUGUGGGAACAAAUUUUAGCUGUGAAGUUUCGCAUCUCU